CUUUCUGAAGUAAACGAUUUUAUUUUUAUUAAGGGUGUAUGAUCACGCGUCCGUUUCGGACUAUUGCUCGCACUGGAUCGAUGAGAAAGCGUAAAGAAAACUGACAUAGGAAAAAUAAAAGUGGAGGGCAUACUGGGAAGUACCGUUAUAGUUUUAUAUAAAGAUGGACAGUAAGGAGUAUGUUGCCUAACAGCUACCUUGGUCAUUGAAACAUCUCUUUCAUAGCGAGUAAUAUCUAUUAUGAUUGAUGCAGGUUACUAGUCGCUAUAAAAAGAUGGCACGAGAGAAUAUUAAAGGUUACAAGAAGACUAUAUUAUUUUUACUCUCUUUUGUAAUACUUCGUAAAUACGUUCGCUACGGUGAAAUACUUGCGGCUGUUUCAAGAGACAUAGUGCGUUGUGACACCUUCCAUUGUAACGAUGCCUUGGUAUGGGUAAAAAUACUGCAUGCAUUUAAGCCAAAAUUGAUCUUUUUUUUUUCCUUGAUGCCACCCUUGCUCUUGUUGCAAAGUAUGGCACGGCUCUACCUUGAGCAGAAAAUAUGCAUAUGAU